AGGCAGCGACGUCACCGGCAAUUUAAAAAUUUGAAACGGCAAAUCUUUGUGGUGAAGGACGUGUCUUUGGCUCAGGAGACUGGAACAAUACUAAAGGGAAUAAUGGAGGCCUUAGGUGACCGUCUCAAACUGAUGGUAAAGACCUUCAGGAGGGAGUGCCACAGAGUUUUGCAGUCAGAAAGAACUACUGUUUAUGGAGCUGAUGGCAUGCUGAUGGUGUUGCAGCUCGCCAUGGCAGAAGUGAAUAAAAAGCAGCGCGGCGGAGAGUUCAAAGUGGCUCUGAGCGACGUCCUGAUGGCCUGGAAGCACUUACUGUUAGACAAACUUCACCUGCCGCCCCCCAGCUCUGCACGCUCGGAGAACUAUGAUCUCAUUCUGGAGGCUUACGAGUCCUUCCUGAAACGCUCCAACGCCGUGGACCUGGUUGAUAUCUUCUCCAUGUACAAACAACUGGGACUGGAGCCCGAGGAGCCCGUGAGCCCGACCCAGCUGUUUGAGUUCUUAUCAGGCAACAUGGAGAUUCCACAGCCUCCAGACUCCUCAGUGCCAUCAACGCCGUCUCGUAGAGUCGAUCUCUGCAGCUCCCAGGUGAAAAUGGCAGUAAGAAGGGUCUUCUUCUCCUAUCUCAGUUUGCUGGUGAACUCCAAGAACGACAUGGCCCUGGCAUUAACCCUGGACGUCCCCAGUCGAUCUCUGGGCCGACAGGCGUUUACCGACAUCAAGCACGCUGCUCACGACCACAACACCUCUCUCUUCUUGGCUGUGACAUCUUUCGUUAGGGCCAUCCAGCUCGGAGGGAAAGGCUACGCUCCAGCCGAGUCCGACCCACUGAGGAAACAUUUCAAAGGCCUGUCGGAGUUUGUCCAGUUUUUAGACAACCUGGAAGAAAUACUCGGGGAGAUUCCUGACCCAAGUGCGUGUGGAAGCAGACUGGUGGCGGCCAUCAGGGCGGCGCUGGUGAAGGGUCGCUGCAGUGGAGAGGCGGCGUACGUCGCAGCUGAAGAGACGACAAAGCAGCUGAAGGAAAGGAUUUGUCAGCUACACCAGAUCCAGAAACAGGCUGCACAUGGGACCGGGAUAAGUCCUGCCAGGCCAAAAGCUCAUGCGGUCAAUCACGCCACCGCCUAUGGAGGUCGGGACACCGUCAAGGUGCUGAUGGCGCUGCUGGACGAAGAAGCCGUGAGUCCUCCGUGUCCCAACAAGGCAGAUCUGCUGUCCGAGGACCAGCCUGUCCUCAGUGGAACCGAUGGAACCUGUUUCCUCAUGAUGUUCAGAUCCCCCGAAGUGUCUACUGGAUGUUCUCCAGAACCCCUCAGGAACCGAGUCCAGAGCCGACUAGACCUUCUCAAACCCAAGGCCAGAGUCAGAGUCAUCAGAUCCCAGUUUGCGUGCACCUACAAGGAUGAAGAACUGCCUCUCAACCGUGUGCUGGACUUCCCCAGCUCCAGCCAGCUCCCUACCUGUGCGCACUCAGCACCCAAACCCAGAACCACCACAGCUGUGGACGAUGAGUGCAGCUCUGAGGCGGAGGACACAACCACAGUCUUUGCAGCCAAGCCUACGUCCGGGUGUCUGAGUAAGGAGCAGAGUGAGGCACAGCGGGGGGCUACUCUCCAGCAAAGAAGUGGAAAUGCCCAAAACAGAGGUGCAGGCCCUGGUAACAGAAAGAAAACUGGCAUUCAGAUGCAGAGCAAGGGGAACAAGAGGAAGCAGCUGGAAUCUGACCAACGUGACGGGUCAGAGAAUGAGCCUCCACAGAAGAAACAGCCGAGCAGUGCGUCAGUCAAAAUGCCUGGCAAAAAUGUCUGCAAGGCCCCGAGUAAGAAGAAGCUAAUAGCUGGACAGGGAAAGCUAACCAGCUUUUUCAGAGUCUAAUCAUUAUAUCCACUAAUUAAUGACACAAUAUGGGCAUUCUGUCAAAUGUAGUUCAGAAAAAGCAGCCGUAGGUUGUACAGUUGAUUUCAAUAGUGAGUUGCGUACAUCUUGGAAGACACACUUUUGUUUUUUAUCAAGAGGUUGAAGAGGAAAUGAUGUUUGUCUGCAUGCUAAUAAGCAGCUUAGGGUAGGAGACAGUUAGCUUACAUUAGCCGCAAGACCAGAAGCAGAAAGAACAUUAUCUAGCCAGCUAACUAGAUGCUACCAUAGCUUCAUUUUUAGCUAACUUAUUGUUUUUCAACCUCUGUAAACAAACGAGAUAUAAUGUGUUGAUUAGAAAGCUUCAUGCCUUGUCAAGACUUUAUCUGGAAGCAGAGUUAAGUGGCUAACCACGUCACCUUGCUAGCUAUCCAGCUGCUAGAACUUACAAAUAAACUUAUGUACAAAUUAUACAACCAAUAUGUUUAAUAAUGAGUUUCAGAAAUUUGGUAAGAGCCAAGCUGCUGUUUCUUUCUUCUUUUGUCCUUGUGUAGUGGUAAUCUUGUCACUUUGGGGAUUCAUGUAUACAGUAGUGUACACAGGUAGCAUCCAUGUUAUUAUUUAACUCUCAAACUAUAAGGUAAAUCAGUAUCUCAAAAUGGAAAAUUAUUCAUUUAAUUACCGAGCAUAUAAAAUGUCAAAAUGUAGUCAAUGAAAAGCACAAAAUCUUGAGUAAUAAUAACUUAAUCCUACACCUUUAGCAGUGUGGAAAAUGCAGCUGCAAACUGAAUACAUCAACUGGGCGUCUAUAUUUUGUAAUUGCACUUUAUCUCUUUUCAUCUUCAAGACCAGUGAUCACUAAACCCGUGUAGAUGCUGAAAUGUAUUUAAUCACUGGCUGUGAAUGUUGAAAUUUUAUUUCACUCAUGUUGGAAUAAACUCUGUAAAUGUAAUGCAACUGUUCAUUUUUAAUAAACUUUUAUUUUGUCUCUACAA